GUAUGGAGACCUUACAAGGAGCUCCAGGCAGUGGUAGAGCGAUCACUGUACAAGAAAAGUCCUGAAGUCUAUCAUGAACUUGAGGUUUCCUUGAAAAAAUUUAAACCAGAUUUUAUCUCUUUACUGAAAAAUCCGGUAAGCUCUGUUCAGUUUGCAUUGGGUAAGACUCCAAAUUAAGCCUAGCUUGUCCAGGCGUUCAACCGUGCCUCACUACUGCGGAGCCUCGAUUUAACGAACCUUGGUAUAACGAACGAUUUUCCUUGAGCCCAGCCAAAAUUACACUAAAAAUAUGUAUGGAACAGAACCUCGAUUUAACGAAGUCCUCGUUAUAACGAACACAAUCCACGAGCGCAAACGUAAAAUUUACCUCGAUAUAGCGAAUAAAUGUCAGCAUGUGAUAAAAGAUGAAUGCCAAACAGACCAACAAGGAUAGAAUUUAUGUGUACAGUACAUGUGUAGCUUUAAGCAAUUUUGUUUGCCUGUUUUUGAGUUCCUAGUGCCGUAGCUAUGUAUAGCUCAGUAGAAAUGUUAUCACAGUAGUUUUUCAGAUCUAGAAAUGCUGGGUUUUAUAAAUUAAUUAUUAACUUUACCUCGAUAUUACGAACAUUUAAGUCAUUUUCCCGAAAAUUCGUUAAAUGGAAGUGUUCGAUAUAACAAACCCUCGAUGUAACGAACAAAUUUCCCCAGUCCCUCGGCACUUUGUUAAAUUAAGGUACCACUGUAUUUGAAUGCCUGGAAAAGGCUAAAUUAAGCCAAAAUAAAAGCCUUGUAACUGAACUGUACCAGCUUUGUAUACAUUCAAAUGACAGUUUCUACGAUAUAUAUAUGUCUGGUGAGGCACAACAUCUUGAAAAAAGUUAUUAAUGUAUUCAAAAUUUAAAAGCAAAAGUGGGAUUGUGGAGCAUGACAAGCCACAUUGUUAUGUAGAAGUCCCGUUUCUUUGUGCAGCAAACUAAAAUGACACAUCUGCAUGCAGGCUUGUGAAUGUCAACAAGACAAUAACACUUAAAACAAAAAAAUAGUAUGUCAGAAAACUGGGUUGCAAGACAGGAAGUGCCCUAAAGAUAGUAUCCUUUUGACAAGAUUUUGAAAACAACCGCUUAAAUUUAGACCAUGAAAAGGUCAUACAAAUUUCUUAGAGCUUUCACAAGUACAAACCUCGCAAUAGGAAAUUGAAGUAGCAGGCUAAAAAGGAAACGACUUUGUUUAUCUCUGAACACUAGGUGAAAAAUGCAGACCAUAGAGAACAGUUGAAAAAAGCACCAACCACUGGCCUUCAACUGGCUGGUGAUACCGAGAAACAAAAGCUCCCUGAGCAGUUUGUGCAAGAAUCUCUCAUACUCAGUGAUAUCCUUGAACUGAACGAGUUUGUUUGUGCGGAUUUGCUUCUCGCUGGUGAGCAGCAGCAACCCAAUUUUCCUGGUCUAACAAGAGGACUUGUAGCAGUGCUCUUGUAUCAUGAUGGACGGAGGUGUCUAGCCAGUGCUUUGAGAACAUUGAUCCAGUCACGUGAGGGAAUGACAUGGACACUUGGUCUAUAUGAGGACUUAAUGCAGUUGGUUACAAAAUUUACGGAUGAGCUCUUGAAACAAGGUAGUAUCAGUCUAUUAAGGAUGGUUUUCACCAACAAUAGAAUCAGAGUUGGAGCCAUAAUCCAUUGUAACAGAGUCAUUAGAGCAAUAUCAUAAAUGUAAAAAAUGGAGUCAAGAUGCAUUCCUCUGGGAUGAUCAGGAUCAGUGAGGUCACUUUAUACAGAUCGUCCCAAUGGAAUGCACCCAUAAGCUUGACAGUAUCAAAGUCAUGAGAAUCAGAACACAAUCCAUUUUCUUCUGACUCUACUUAUGACUUUGCCACUCAUGACCUAAUAAAAAUGAGAUCAUUGGAUGCAAAAGCAGAUUGAAGGGUAAUCUGGUCAUAAUGCUUGUUCUUAAAGUUUUUUGUUGAUUUAGUUCUUCCACCUCUGCCUUCAACACUGUUUUCACAAGUCAAAGAACAUGUCACCAAACUCCCUUCUUCUCAUUAUGACUACCUGUCUUUACUCAAUCCAACCAAAGUAUCUCCUUACUGAAAAGUUAGCAAUACGUUAAUGAAUAUGAACACAUUAUACAUAAUUACACCUACAUCUUAUAAGUUGAGCAUCAUGGAAAAUAUUGCCAGAAAAUGAUUCUUAGCUUUUGGUACUGGUAAGCUCCACUGUGAAACAACAUCUAAAAACUAUACAUUGGGAACAAUUUUGUUCCUGCAAAUAUAAUAUUAUUACUGUCUUGCACCUGUUCAUUAUCUUUGCUUUAUCUUGUCUUCUAGGAUUAACAACAACAAUUCUUCAACAACUUGAUCAGCUUGAUGUUCAAAAAGAACUUGAUAAGCUUGAAAGAGGACAAGCAAUAGGAGAUGAACGUCACAAACAGCAACUAAUAGACUUCAUUACAGAUCAAAGACAGCUUUUAGCAGAAUGUCUCUUCUGCUUUGCUUGUCAAUCACCUCUCCCAAGAAGUGACUGUCUUCAACUAUUGUCCUUUCUUAAGAAGUGUCCAUCCACUGAGGCAGAUGGGACACUGGACAGUGUCACUCUUACUUUGUUGAUGACUAUGUUGUAUUGUUUAAAUGUCGAUCCUCUUGAUGAAGCAGCAGAAAUGCAAUCUUCUUUUCGAGGUGAGGAGUACUACAUUAUUCUUGUUCUUUUCUUCGUGCUUUAUCUUCCAGGUGCAGGGUUGUCAAAAGUAGCUGGCUGCCGGCGAAAAUCGCCGCCUACUUGAUUGGUAUCGGCCAGCUACUCUGCUUCACAUCUCUUUACAGAUGGCAUUUUUUAAAUAAAAUAUCCCUGGACUGGCUGCUUACUUUGACAACUCAUCCGUCUACUUCAAAACUUUCUGACAACCCUGCAGGUGUAGCAUGAUUUAAUUCAAGACAGAAAUCUUUUGUUCAUGCUGUGUGUGACUACAAAACUGAGCACAUUACUCAGUUUAUUGCUGCACUUUUCGAUAACACAAACUCUGAAACUUAAAAUUCAGCUUAUAAUAAAUAGCAUUUUUCGCCACUGUCAAUCAUAAUUACAAUCACAAGCAACCGACUUUGAAUCACAGAAACACACAAAACAUAGCCUGCGAGCAAGCUCUCCUAUUUGAGCAAGAGAAGCGAGCCUCGGGAGAAUGCGCGAGCGAGGGGCUGAGGAAAGGAGAGCUUGCAACGAUCUCUUAUAAAUAUUCAUUUCCACCCCGGAAACCCCAGGACUCCGCAAAGCAUGAAAACUGUCACCGCAAACGUGCUGCAGAUUAGAAAAGUGACAACUGCCUGUCAAGUAAGUUUAGACAGCCGAGGGCGCGUAGAAUUAUUUAUUUAUAAAUCGCUUUCGCAACAGCAUCAAGGCAAUGUUUUUAAUGACUGAUAUGUUUUUCUUUUUCACGGGGACAUCGAACUUCAACGUGUCCGCUCGGAUAAGAACUCACUACUUUGAUUCUCGUUUCGUUUACUUUUGAAAAGUCGUCCAUACUGUAGUGUAGAAGACUACUCCCCACCGCAAUCACCAACACAAACAUCAUAUAUUUGUCCGUCUGGAACUGGAGAAUAGCGUUUUCCUGCACUCGGUUCUCUUAAGGUUUACUCCAGUUGCUUCCAACUCUUUCUCUUUUCCUUCUUUACGGUCAAGCUACACAGCUACACUGUCAAGUACAUGUUUCUGAAUUUUUCUACCCAGCAGAAUUCAAUCGGGCGAAGAAACCGAUGUUGGAAGACAGCGCUUUAAUCACUCUUCACUUUCACUCUUCCGGUUUUCAGAACUAAACAAGGUGCUUGACACAAAUGAAUAUAACUGAUGAAGGGUUUUCAUUGUCCUUCCACAAGAACUACAAACUCGGUCCGACUUAUUCUCGGCACGCUAUAUUCUCUUUGCGACAAUUACAUCAAACGAGCCCGUCUGCAUUGAGGGCUGAAAUAAGUUCUUUCUGUACCAAUCCCCCUGAGAACCAAAUUUGACACACAGACGAAGCGGGUGCCAGCUUGGCCUGUUAUCAAUCAACUUUGAUUUCCGGAACUUCAUUUUUCAGCCAAUGGUAUUUCCCUUCGUCUGGGCGAAGUACAAAUGAAAAUUUGUAAGGGAUCGUUGCAAGCUCUCCUUUCCUCUGCCCCUUGCGGCUUCGCCGCUCGCUCGCAUGUUCUCGCGAGACCUGUUUCACUUGCCCAAACAGAAGAGCUUGCUCGCAGGCUACACAAAACAGAUCAAAGUCCACUGAUACCAAAUCACAAACCAUGACCUUUUGAACUCUUAAAGUAAACAAUUGUUUCCCAAGAGGUCUGCUAAGAUGACUGACAGCAGCUGUUAGUUGGCUUUUAAAGUUCAGAAUGCCAGUAUUUUUGAAAAGUGUAGUUAUUAUAGAUUUAAGAAAGUGACUUGGGCAAUUGAUUUUGUAAGCUAGUGUUUUCUCUUUUGAGUAGUUUCGUAAGUCAUUACUCAAUUUGUACAAACUCUGUUGGUAUCUACAAUCAUCUAUGAUACCUGGUGAAAUCUGCUAACUAGUGUAUAUUGAACAUUUUUUUACAGAGGAAAAUUUUCCAUUGUUGUCAGACCACAGUUUUAUUCCAGAGUUUCAUCAGGAAAUCAUUCAGGAAGGCACUUGGGAAAAUCCAGGGUUGUGCGCGUGCAUCCAGUUUGCUUGGGCAUUAGUACUCCGAUCUUGCAGCCAGUGGCCAAAUCUUGUUGGGGCUGUUGAAGUCCUUGAGGAAGAUGAAGGAGUUCUGGAUCUUGCUGUGGAUGAAAAUGUGUUUGGUUUUCUUCGGUACUGUGUUCUAGGAGCAAGUAAUUUUCACCAAGAGGUAUUUGUAGAUCCCAGUUCUACCACCCUUCAUUGAAUGAUACUGCUUUACCGCUGCUAGGGAUUUUUAUGGAAAUGAAGGCCAGAUUCGUUUUAUUUUAAUUGUUUAUAUAUUUUAGCUUACUAUACUUAUUAGAUUGUAAAUAGUUGUGUAUUUCAUGAGGGCCACAAGUUUAUUAGCCUUUGGCUAUUAAGUGCUACCCUCUUUAAAUAAAGGCUUUAUCAUUAUUAUUAUUAUUUAUAUUAUUCUUUGGAAUGUACUGGUACUUGCCAUUAAAAUGUUUAACAGUGCCGUUCCUUGAAGACGCUUUUGGAAAUUAUAGAUUGAAGUGUAUAUGACAAGAUUUUUUUAAUUUGCUCGGUGGACUCUACACACUGUCCUUCUGGUGGGGUACAAAAACAUGCAACUGAAAAUAGGAGACUGGGAAUGUUUGUGACCUCAUGUCAGUUAGGUCAUUCUGUUUCAUGGCAAGCAAAUUUUCCUCUUAUUUAUUUCUCUCUGCAAAACAGAAUAUCCUGAAAUGAUAUCACAAUCGUUGCCAGUCUCCUGUUUACAUUCUCACAGUUUUGUACCCCACCAGAAGUGAAAUUUCAUGUUUUUGGUACUUCAAAAGACAGCAAACAAAAAAUUAUGUCAUAUACAGUCACUUUUAUUUAAAGCACUUUUUGAUUCAAACAGUACCAGUGGACUCACCAAAAUUAAAGGCUACACUGGAGGCAAAUUUUCUAAAUAUUUACCUUUGUUAAUAAUCUUAUUCUUAGGAUCACCUAAAUAAUAAACAAAAAUUUAAUGUGCUUUCUGACUUUGCCAAGGUUUCCAAGAGCAAAAACUACAGUUUUCAAGAUGAUAAGUUGUAUUUAUGAAAGUAAAAUAAUGUAAUCUUUUUUUCAGGAGUACUUUGUUCAAAGAUUACACUCCUUAGUAACAGGCUUCGUUGUUAAGAUGCCAUUGAAGGUAUGGCUUUUGUCAGAUUUCUUACCACAAAUCCUCUUCAUUCUCCCCAAGACACAAUAUUAUUGUAAGUUUAAAGUUGUUUGUCUCUUUACAAACACAUAGGUCAAGGAGCUACGUAACCAUGGUGAUGAAGCUGCGCGGAUCCUUCAAGCACACAAACUAGAUGGUGUAGAACCACCUGCUGGUCUGCCGAGACACUUUGAAGACUUCAUGAGAAUGGUUUGUGGGAAAAUCAUGUAAAAAAUAUAAAAUUAAUAAUCGUUAGUCCUCCUACUGACUCAUUUUAGUACAGCUUUAAACUACAUUUUAAUGGUUUUUUGUCAUUGAGGUUAUCGUUAGUAGACGUUUUUAUCUAUUAUUUCAAUUCAUGUCAACUAAUAAUACUAAUAAAAAGUAAUAACAAUAAUAACAAGAACAUUAACAAAAAAAGAGCCAUUGGGGUUGUGCAAAAGAGCCAGAAACCCCAUACAUUAUGUGUCUGGAGCGGUUUUUUUUAUCAUUUGCAUUUUUGUUCAUGUACACGGUUACUUUGAUUCUUGGUUUUCCUUGUUCCCUAGCCCUGGGAUACAAAGGAAGUUGAGAAUCAACCUAGGUUAAGAAGUUUUAACUUGAAUUCAAAUUUGACCUCUAAUGCAUAUACAAGUAUUCUGAGAACUGUACAACUUGAAGACUGAUGUAUAGAAAAAUACAAGUAGUUGUUAGAGGAUAUGGAAUGAGAGUAUAGCCAGGGAAAAUACAAGAUGAAAGUUGCAGAGAAUUCUCAUAAGAAAGUUUUUUUAGGUGCAGACAAGGCCAAAUGAUCUUUUUUUUUCUGCAGAUUGGAGAGCUGUAUGAUGAUGAUCCAUCAGGCCUUGAACUUGCUACAGAAUUCUGGUGUCCUACAGACACAAGCUUGUCAGCUCCCUUUUCGCCUUACAGUUCCUCUAGAAUUUCACCAGCCGUAAGGCAGCGUGCUUCACAGAAACAGGUAGUUAUUUACGAUGGCUGAAGGCCAGCGACAAGUUGUUGAAAAUGAAGAAAUCAUGAUUAAACUUUGCUUUAAGGUGAAUUAACCAGAUAGUCUGACAGUGGUCAGCAGUGUUAACUCAGGUGUGAAGAGGUCAUUGAAGUCAAGGGAACAUUCUGUCGCUAAAUUCGAUUUGUAAGAACUCUUUGGAUCUUUAAUCCUAUACUCCCAGUGUCCUUUGCCAAGAGGUAUUAAAAAACAUAGUUACAUAUUUUGAGUCUGUGGAUGAAAUCCUUUGAUGUGACCAUUUAUGUUGCUCUCUUAUCAUAGUGAUGGUUCCAUUGUUAUACAAUCAAAUGUGGGAAAUCUUGACUUGGACUUUCAUUUUUGCCUCGUCUGGAAGUGAAAGAUCAAAAGAACCUCUCCUGAGGACAACAUUAAUUUUUUUACACAUCUUUUUAAGUACUGCAGUUGUCUGUACUAAUUUUCUGGUUUUUCAUUGUGAUGGCUUUCACUUGCAAUUUAUUUGAAGCAGAAAAAUUCAGUCUACUCAAAAGUAAGUUACCAUGCCAGUCGCAUCUCGGUUCCUGGUGUAAGUAUCAGUGAAGCUGGAAUUUUUGGCAUACAUUUUCUAUGACCCAUCCUGUGUUAAACCAACUAAUUUUGCUUAACAUUAUCUUGGAGACAGAAACAAAUGGGUGUUAGGAUUUUGGAUAAUUUUAAAGUUUCCUCGAGCUUGUCAUCAGCAUGGUAUUUAAAUGGAAUUUUUGAGUUUUUGGAUAAUGUUAUAGCGAUAGAUAUUUGACCUUUUGGUUGCUGAAACAUGAAAACUGCUUGUGGUGUCAUUGAGUUUGUGAAUGAACACACCCCUACAGAAGAAACAAAAAUUCCAUAACUCGUAUGUAUGACGUAUCUUUGCUUAGGUUAGUCUCAACAAGUUUCUUCGCUUGGCUGGAGAUCUUUUGCCGCCUUCACUGUUUGUACCAUAUAUGGAGAUGUUAACAGGCCUCUCAAACAGCCCUCAAGCUGCUCAUUACUGCUUUAACCUCCUCAAAUCCACGGCAAAUGGACCUGUAUCUUGGGAUCACUUCUUUGCUUCUAUAAAACAGUAUUACAUGGAUCUAAGACAGGAUGGUGCACAU